AUGGAUCUAAAGACAGCAGUGUUCAAUGCAGCUCGUGAUGGCAAGCUGCGGCUCCUUUCUAAGUUACUGGCAAGCAAAACCAGAGAAGAGGUGGCCUUACUAAUGUCAGAAAAAACCAAUGGUGCCACACCACUUUUGAUGGCAGCCCGUUAUGGGCAUGUUGACAUGGUGGAAUACUUGUUGGACUAUUGCUCUGCUUCUAUAGAAAUUGGUGGUUCGGUUAAUUUUGAUGGUGAGACCAUUGAGGGAGCUCCGCCAUUAUGGGCAGCAUCAGCUGCUGGCCACUUGAAGGUGGUUCAGUGUCUGUUAGGUCAUGGUGCAUCUGUCAACAACACAACUCUAACAAAUUCAACUCCACUUAGAGCUGCCUGUUUUGAUGGUCACCUGGAAAUAGUAAAAUAUCUUGUGGAGCACAAAGCAGACUUGGAAGUAUCAAACCGUCAUGGGCAUACAUGCUUGAUGAUCUCAUGUUACAAAGGCCACAAAGAAAUUGCUCAGUAUUUACUUGAAAAAGGGGCUGAUGUUAACAGAAAAAGUGUUAAAGGAAACACUGCAUUACAUGACUGUGCAGAAUCUGGAAGUUUAGAGAUCAUGAAGAUGCUUCUCAAGUAUUGUGCUAAGAUGGAAAAGGAUGGCUAUGGAAUGACUCCCCUUCUGUCAGCCAGUGUGACAGGCCACACAAAUAUUGUGGACUUUCUGACCCAACAUGAACAGACUAGUAAGAUAGAAUGUAUAAAUGCUCUGGAACUUCUAGGAGCAACAUUCGUGGACAAAAAGAGAGAUCUGCUUGGUGCUUUGAAAUACUGGAAGCGAGCUAUGGAAAUGAGAUACAGUGAUAGGACUAGUAUCCUGAACAAACCUGUGCCACAAACACUAAUUAUGGCCUAUGAUUAUGCUAAAGAGGUAAACAGCUCGGAAGAGCUAGAAAACCUUAUUGCAGACCCUGAUGAGAUGAGAAUGCAAGCACUAUUAAUUAGAGAACGUAUUCUUGGUCCUUCUCACCCAGAUACAUCCUACUAUAUUAGAUAUAGAGGUGCUGUCUAUGCAGACUCUGGAAACUUUAAGCGAUGCAUCAACUUAUGGAAAUAUGCUUUGGACAUGCAGCAGAGCAAUCUAGAUCCACUGAGCCCUAUGACAGCCAGCAGUUUACUAUCAUUUGCUGAACUCUUCUCCUUCAUGCUGCAGGACAGGGCAAAAGGCCUGCUAGGCACUACUGUUACAUUUGAUGAUCUCAUGGGUAUACUGUGCAAAAGUGUUCUCGAAAUAGAGCGGGCCAUGAAACAAAUCCAGUGCCCUCCUGAUCCAAUACAGCUGAACAAAGCCCUUUCUAUCAUUUUGCAUUUAAUUUGCUUGUUGGAAAAAGUACCUUGCAGCUCAGAACAGGAACAUUUUAAGAAACAGACUAUUUACAAGUUUCUUAAGCUUCAGCCUAGAGGGAAGAAUAACUUCAGUCCUCUUCACCUUGCUGUUGACAAGAAUACUACAUGUGUGGGUCGCUACCCAGUUUGUAAAUUCCCCUCUCUACAAGUUACUGCUAUCCUGGUGGAAUGUGGUGCUAAUAUAAAUGUCAGAGACUCUGAUAACAACAGUCCUUUACAUAUUGCUGCACUGAACAACCAUCCAGGCAUCAUGAAUUUUCUUAUCAAGUCAGGUUCACACUUUGAUGCCACAAACUCACAUAAACAAACUGCUAGUGAUUUGCUGGAUGAGAAGAAAAUAGCAAAAAACUUAAUCCAGCCUAUAAAUCAUACUACGUUGCAGUGUCUUGCUGCUCGUGUUAUAGUGAAUCAUAACAUAUGUUAUGCAGGGCACAUCCCUGAAAAACUAGAGAAAUUUGUUUUGCUCCAUAGAUAAUAGUGUGCAGUCCCAGAGUGCUGUUGUUGAAGCAUGACUUGGUGACAAUGUUUUU